GAGAGAGAGAGAGAGAGGCAACAGUGCAGAUGAGCCCCAAUGAGCAGCAGCCGGGUCCUCUUUCAAAAACACACACACACACACACAUUGACACACACCACGCUGCACAUCCCACACACACUCACACACAAAUGCCUGGACACUCAUACACAUGCCAUCCAAUAACGAGAGCACCAUCAGUUCGAGCUGCCUGCCGCCGCCGGUGGCAGCCCUCACCGCUUCUCCGAGACACAAAGCUGGGAGCCCGCUGGGAGAGGAGCUCCUUGUGCCCGUCUAGCGCGGAGGAGGAGAGGGGAGCGGAGAGCCCGGGACUCCAUUCAGGAGGCGGAAGAUAAUUCAGCAGCAGAGACAGCGAGGAGGAGGAGGAGGAGAGGUGAGUGAAUGCGGUCCAGUCCAGCUGCUGCUGCUGUUGCUGCUGCCGCUUCUGCUACUCCUGCUGCUGCUGCUGGAAGAGGAGGAAGAAGAAGAAAAGAAGGAGGAAGAGGAGGAGGAAGCUCAUUGGCUGGAGAGGCUAGUGGAGCAACACUAUUCUGCACAGAGCCAGGCAGAGCAGACGGCCAACGGUGAGCAGAGCACCUUGCAGAUGUGGAGGGAGCACUGUGCAAGUUCUAGUCCUGGGUGUCUGGCCCAGUGAUUCAACCCCAGAACGGAGCAGGAGGAAGCAGUCGAAAUGGGGGUGAGCCUGGGCCAGGAUGUCAGCUGGCUGCUGCCGUUCCUGUUUUUGCUGCUGAUGAUCACCGUAUCACCUGCCCAGGGUCAGGCAUGUCCCCAGCGUUGUGAGUGCAUUACAAAACUGAAGACUGUGUCCUGUUAUGGCAAACGUCUGUCCACGCUGCCAGACGGCAUCCCAGCAGACACCAAGAUCCUCGACCUGAGUGGGAAUAAGCUUCGCUGGGUGGAACAUGGCGACCUGCUUCCAUAUCAACGUCUUGAAAAGCUGGACCUGAGUGAGAACAUGAUCAGCGUCCUGGAACCGAACGCUUUUUCUAGUCUCCAGAACCUGCAGUCGCUUUCGCUGAGGGGUAACCAAUUGAAACUGGUCCCCAUGGGGGCUUUCUCACGUCUCUCCAACCUGACUUCGUUGGACCUCAGUGGGAAUAAGAUUGUGAUUCUUUUGGACUUUACUUUCCAAGACCUGAAAAGUCUGAAAAACCUAGAAGUUGGAGACAAUGAUUUGGUUUAUAUUUCCAACAAGGCCUUUCUGGGUCUCGUGGGUCUGAGGGAGCUGACCAUCGAGAGGUGCAAUCUGACCUCUGUGUCCAGCCAGUCUUUGUCUUACCUGCAUAACCUGGUGACUCUGCGGCUCCGCUACCUCAGUAUCUCUGCCUUGGAGGACCAGAAUUUCCGUAAGCUUGGAAACCUGAGAGGGCUCGAGAUUGCUCACUGGCCCUUCUUAGAGUACAUUUCCCCUCACAGCCUGCAGGGUCUGAACUUAUCUUGGUUGUCUAUCACACACACCAACAUCACCUCCGUGCCCACCUCUGCCCUCCGCAGCCUGGCUCACCUCACCAGCCUCAACCUCUCCUACAACCCUAUCUCUGUGUUGGAGUCCUGGGCGCUGCGGGACCUUGUUAGGCUGAAGGAGCUGCACCUUGUCAGCACAAAUCUGGCAGUAGUGCAGCCAUAUGCGCUGGGUGGUCUGAGGCAAAUUCGCCUUCUUAACCUCUCCACAAACAGCCUGGUGACCCUGGAAGAGGGGGCCUUCCAGUCUGUCAACACUCUGGAGACGCUGCGUUUGGAUGGGAACCCUCUGGCCUGUGACUGCCGUCUGCUAUGGAUCCUUCAGCGCAGGAAGACCCUUAAUUUUGACGGCGCUUCCCCGGUGUGCAUGACGCCCGUCGAGGUUCAAGGACGGGCCCUGAAUGCUUUCUCUGACUCGGCCCUCUUUGAUCACUUUACUUGCCAGAAGCCCAAAAUCCGCAACAGGAAACUGCAGCAGAUAUCCGCCCGCGAGGGGCAGGUUGUGUCAUUCAUAUGCAGAGCAGAGGGCGAGCCGACACCGGUGAUAUUCUGGAUCUCUCCUCAACGCCGCCGCAUCACUACGAAGAGCAGCGGCCGCCUGACUGUGUUACCAGAGGGCACGUUAGAAAUACGCUAUGCCCAGGUAACAGAUAGUGGAACCUACAUCUGCAUAGCGAGCAAUGCCGGUGGGAAUGACACCUAUUUCGCCACACUUACAGUGAGCGGGCUGCCACUGGAUGCAGCCCUCAUGGCCAACCGCACUUACUAUGCCGGGGACCUUAAUGACACGAAUCUGAAUGACACCAGAGUCUUCUUGAAGUUCACUCUGGACCUCAAGACCAUCCUCAUAUCCACAGCGAUGGGCUGUAUCAUGUUCCUGGGGGUGGUCCUCUUCUGUUUCAUCCUGCUGUUCGUGUGGAGUCGAGGGAGAGGGCAGCACAAGAACAAUUUCUCAGUGGAGUAUUCCUUCAGAAAGGUGGAUGGACCUGCUGCCAGUGGAGGACAGGGCGGGGCACGCAAGUUCAACAUGAAAAUGAUUUGAUAAUUAGGACCUGUUUCUGUCAUUAGUAUUCUUUCCCUGAUGCUGUUUACAAGCAGUGAGGACAUAAAGGGAGAAGACACCAGAGUGGACAUAUGUGCUUGCGGAACAUUAAAUACAAUUAUUUGCUGGACAUUUUACUGACACAAGGUUUUGUUAAUGAAACUACUGUACAGAGGAGAAAAAGAGAAACUUGUGUGGAUUUGUUAUGUUUCUAUUGCUUUGUUGUGUGUUCACAUUGUUGUGCAGAGCAGAGCCGGAUUAUAGAUGUCUCAAAAUGUAACAAAGACUGUUAAAAGACCAAGCAACAGAAGCACUCAGAGUCCCACCAGUCUUUAACCUCGACAAAGCUCUUGCCAACUCCAUCCUUCUACACUACAAGGAACUGUGUCCUCUUCACGUGUAAAGGACUUCACCUCUCUGCUCCGUCCGAGGUGAUUCAAGCUCUCUAUCUCCAAACUCAUGAAUACAUUAUAAACAGGGUGGUGCUCAAUGAAUGCCAAGGACUUGCCAAUAUGUAUUUGAGUAGUUCCAGCUAUAUACUGCGUAGUUAGCCUAUCUACAGUCAGGACUUUGGAGCACUUACCACCCAAAUAUACAGUAGAAGCUCUGUUGUUUUGUUGAUGGUAGAUUUGCACAGAAUAUAUACACAGACACCAAGAGACUACUCUCUGCAACACUGCCAAUUUGACCAUAAAGCACCAUGUAGUAUCAGUGCCGCGGUAUAGAGACAUUACCCCCAUUGGAUACCACUUAAAGUUGGUCAAAGCCGUUUUAAUCAUAAAUGGGACUCCGCAGGUCAAGCUACAAUUAAAAGGACCCAACGCACAUUUUUGUGGUGAUGAGGCCAUGCAGAUGUGCACUUGCUAGUUAGUAGGGAUGAGCGAGUACACAAUCAUCUUUAUCGGUUGGAUCUGCUAAAUUAUAGAGAAGCACCGAUGGACCGGCCAGGAACCAGCCAAUCAGCGUCUGAUAUGUCUGAUUCUGUGCCGUGCACAUUUACGUCAAGCCGCUCGCCCCCCACGAGACUGCCAGCCUGAGCUGAAAGAAAGAAAGAAACAAAAAAAAAAAGUCUUAUACACCCAAAAUACGUGCGCUGUUUUUAUUUUCAGCUCAGUUUGGAGGUUUGCGGUUUGCUGUCAUUUACAGUCGCUCUUUCUAACGCCUUUCUCCUCUUUAUCGUUUCACUGUGGGAGUGGAGUCCAAACAGUCGAGGAGCGGAGCAGAGACAGGAACUUUAGUGGACUUGCCAGUUCCAGCUGUUUUCUUUUGGGAAAGUAAAACAUUGUAGACGAGGGUUAUGAAUUGCACAUUAAAUGAAGCAAGCUUUUUUUCCCGCUCACAUGUCAUUUGCAGCUCAUUAAAGAAAAACUCCUUCCAUUUUGGACAUAUACAAUAACAGUCCCUGAUAUACCAGUAUACACUGCUUUAAUCCUUAUAAUAGGGACCUAAAUACAAAAUACUACGCCUACUACGCCUACUACUAAUACAAGUGAAUUUUCCAUUAAAAACAGUGACAAAAAAUGUCUGUGUAUGCUGUUACCUAUGGUUCGUUGAAAAAAAGAAAACUGAAAUCGGCAGGUUAGACUUUGAUAGAAUCUGUGCAUCUCUACUGAAUUGUCUGUAUCCGUACCUGUACUCUAAAACUGGAGGACAGGUAAGUGACCUUUACUUUGUUUAAUUUAAGCCUGAAAUUGAUCUGGAUUGAUCUGUAGUUGCUUUUAUGUAUUAAAAAAAUAUGCACAGAACAGCCUCAGAGUUGAGCUGUGGAUCCCAAGAGUGAGAUAACUAUUUACACAUUAUUUUUUAAAUGAAUAAUCUUCAGAUUGCCAAUAAUUAUUUUUCUCUCUCACAAUAUUAAAUAGCACCAUCUGCACCGAAUACUUGUUCAGGCGAAUACUCGCUCUUCCCUACUAGUUAGGUUUUCCAUUGUUGUCUAUUCAGUACACACUGUACAGGACAUGAACCUUCUUGAUCUGAAAGAAGCUGUGUGUAAAAGAUGAGUGCAUGUACACAGUUGGAUGCUUACUUUGAAUAUAGCAUAUUAUUUGUAAAUUGAACAUUUGCUGGGGUGCAUUUAUCCCACAGUUGAAUAGAUGACAAUGUAUAGGUAGGAUAAACACUGUAUAAGAUGUAUUAUAUAUUUUGUAAUCACUUACAUUGAAAUCCUUGUGGUUGUUUAUAGUA